GGAGGGGUUAGAGGAGGAGGAGGACCUGCAGGUAGUGUAUGGGGAUGACGGAAAAAGAAAAUAAUAAUAAGAGGACGAUGAAGGAGGACGAGGAGGAGGAGGAGGAGGAGAGAAGAGAAGAAGAACUGCAGUCCGCCCGCUUCCCUUCUAUUGUUCGAGCAGAAAAGAAAAAGGAGGAAUGGGAGAUGGCGGGCAGUAGGAUAUGGUGGAGGAGCAGGAGGAGGAGGAGGAAGAAGAAGAAGAAGACGAGAGGAGGAGGAGGAGGAGGGGAGGAAGGAGGAGGAAAGGAGGAGGAGAAAGAAGAAGCAGACUUGAAAAGAAAAAGACGAGAGUAGGAGGCGGAGGAGGAGGAGGAGAGAAGAACAAGGAGGAGGAGGAGGAGGAGGAGCUGCCAGUUCUGUGUGGCGAUGACGAGAAACAAAAAAGACCGCUGGAGGAGGAGGAGGAGAGAAGAGAAGAGAAGAGAAGAAGACGAAAUGAGGAGGAAGAGGAGGAGGAAGAGGAGGCGGAAAAGAAGAAGACGAGAGGAGGAGGAGGAGGAGGAGGAGGAGGAGGAGGAGCUGCCAAUUGUCUGACGAUGACGAGGGGAAAAAAAAAAAAAAGGCCGAUGGAGGAGGAGGAGGAGGGAAAGCAAGAAGACGAAAUGAGGAGGAGAGAAGAAGAAGAAGACGAGAGGUGGAGGAGGAGGAGGAGAGAAGAAGAAGAAGGCAAAAUGAGGAGGAUGAAGAAGAGGAGUGAAGAAGAAGACGACAACAGGAGGAGUGCAGGAGGAGCAGAGAAAAAGAAAAAGACGAGAGGAGGAGGAGGAGGAGGAGGAGGAGCUGCCCAUUGUCUGGCGAUGACGAGGAAAAAAAAAUAUGCCGAUGGAGGAGGAGGAGGGAAAACAAGAAGACGAAAUGAGGAAGAGGAGCAGGAGAGAAGAAGAAGAAGACGAGAGGAGGAGGAGGAGAGAAGAGAAGACAAAAUGAGGAGGAAGAGGAGGAGAGGAGGAGAAWAAGACCAGAGGAGGAGGAGGAGGAGCUGCCGAGAAAAGAUGGCAAGCUUGCAAGAAAAAGUACGAGUGCUGCAGAGGGACUUGCAGUCACGGGCAACUUCCAGUGAGGCACUAGAAGUUGAACGCGAAAGGAUGGUUGGUGAAAUGGGGAUUCAGAGACAGAGAUUAGAGGCAAGGGAGGCAGCAGUCGUGAGGGAUAUACUGCAACAGUCAGCAUCGGCUGUCCUUAGCGUUGUGGUACCCGUGCACGCAGCCAUGCAACAGCGGAUGAUAGCUGUCAACCACCGGUUGGAAGAGAUGAAUUAUGUUCUUCUCCGUGCCCAGUCAAGUGUUGCAGGAUUGCGAGAACACCUAACCGUGCAGCGCACAGAGAGUGGUGUGCGCGUGGUGCGUGGGAUGCGUCCUAGUCGACCGGCGUCGAGCCGCGCUUGGGACUUCAGCCCCACCAGGUGUCGGUUCGCGUGCGGGUCCGAUAGGCGUAUUACCGCGCGUACCCCCUGUGCUACAGCGAACGAGAAACGCCCUCGGCUGGUCCACCUCUGCGAUUGCAACCGAGUAGCUUUCGUAUUGUGGACUGGUAGCUCGGCGGGGAUACGCCUACCGAAGGGAGGUGACAACUCCCGUAAGGUGGAGACUCGUAGUGGGACGAGCACUAGCCCCUACACCCAGGAACAACAAGAGAAGCUGGUCGCCUUAGUGAGAGAAAACAAAGAGAGGAAAGAGCUCCAGAAACAGGCGAAGUUAAAGACUAUUGCAGAGGAGCAGGCGGCGAAGAUGAAGAAAUUGGAGGAGGAGAUGAAGAGAGUUCAGCAGGAGGAGGAAGAGAGGAGAAAGGCUGCCGAAGAGGAAGCAACAGCAGAAGAAGAGAAAGAGAGAAUGCAUAUUGAAAGUAGAGAGGGGAGUAGUGGCACGAAGAAGGACGAAGACGCAAGGUUGGAGAAGAAGAGUAGCGAGUGGAUAGCUAAUUUAUCGUUGGGGGAAGAUGAGGAGGCGGAGUUCUAUGUGCCCCAGGACGAAAGGGAUGUGUUAGCCAAGGAGCUAGCAGCAAUGGAUGACCCCCUGGAAAGACAAGAAAGAGAGGAGGAGAAAAAGCUGGAGUGGAAGUUGAGAAUGAAGAGGGAGAAGAAAAGAAGGAGGGAUGAAGUUAACAGAUUGACCGCAGAGGUGGCGAAGAUGAAGGAUUGUAGGCAGGAAGUCGAGGCCCAGGCAGGCGACAAGGCCACAUGGGAUAAGGUGUUGGGGUACCUGGAGGUGCUGAGCGCAGCGUGGAUGGAGGAGCGCCAGGCCAAUAGGAGCCAAGAGGUAGCGCUGAGUGCCAUGCGGUCUGGAUUUAGAGAAUUCGCGCACGAAAUGGUUACCCACGUUAGAGGGGAAGUCAGGCGGUUGAGAGAAAACGUGGGGAAGUUCUGUGAGGGUGCCAUUGAGGGCGCCAAAGUAGCAGCCGCUGUUGAGGGCGAGGCCAGACCUCGCAAGUUGCUAAAGAAAGAGGCAAUCUGGCAAUGGGACAAAGAUUGUACGUCUGCGCUAAAGAGACUGAAGCGCUCGUUAAUAGAGUACCCUGUCCUCAAAGUGGCAGAUCUGUCCCUACCAUUUGUCGUCACCACGGACGCAAGUCAAUAUGGUAUAGGCGCUGUGUUGCAGCAAGAUGACGGCAAUGGCCACAAACCCGUAGAGUUCAUGUCAGCGAGGAUGCCCUCAGAGAAGGUAGCUACCUCGACGUACGAGAGAGAACUCCAUGCUCUCAGGCAGGCUCUAGAGCUCUGGAAGCAUUACCUGCUUGGGAGGCACUUCAAAGUGUAUUCUGACCAUGAAACACUUAGGUGGUUAAAGACCCAGGCCAAGAUGACACCUAAGUUAACUAGGUGGGCCGCUGAGAUAGACCAAUAUGACUUUGAGCUUAAGCCAGUGAAGGGCAAGUACAAUGUAGUUGUGGAUGCUCUGAGUAGGAGAUCAGACUACUUUGGAGCCAGAGUACACUAUCUGGAUAUAGGGAGAGACCUGCAGGAGAAAGUAAGGCAAGCGUAUGCGCACGUCCCUAUCUAUAGUGACCUCCUUAAGAGAGUUAAGGAGGCCCCAGAGACCGAACCACACUACCGCACUACAGAAGGAUUGCUGUUUGAGAAGACGGAUGUAUUCGACCGCCUAUGCGUUCCCAAUAGUGAGGAAAUCCGCAGUCUGAUCCUAGAGGAAUGCCAUGAUACAGAGGGACACUUUGGUUGGCAAAAGACGUUAGCCAACCUGAUGUGUGCGUACACCUGGCCAGGGAUGAAGAAUGACUGCGUAGAAUAUGUUCGCAGUUGUAAAGUGUGCCAGAGGAAUAAGACUACUGCGAGCGCACCUCUAGGUCUUCUCAUACCGCUGCCUAUUCCUGAUCAGCCUGGAGAUUCCGUGUCCAUAGACUUCAUGGAUACUCAGGUCAAGAGUAGGCAUGGCAAGAGCCAAGUCAUGGUCAUAGUCGACCGAUUUAGCAAGCGGUUGGACCUUGCCAGCACGUGCAAAUUGGAGGAGGACAUCACGGUUGAGGAAGUGGCGCGAGUGAUAGCCGAACUUCCUAGGCUCAAGGCACUUGGGCAGGAUGGAAUGCCGGUGGAACUGUACAAGGACCUCCGCAACUUCUUUGUGACAUUGCUGACAGCAGCCUGUGACGAGGCGCUCCGACAGGGCUCCUUCCCGCAAGGCUUCACAGAUGCGUACAUAGUGUUGCUCUACAAGAAGGGGGAGAAGGAGGAUGUGCACAAUUGGCGGCCGAUCUCCAUCCUCAAUGCGCUAGACAAGAGGCCCAGGAAAUCUGAAGCUGACACCUCGGAUAAAGGCAGUGAGCAGCGAUCCAUCAAACGGGAGAUAGCCAUUGUCGCUGCUCAGACAAAGUGCCUGUUCGAUCAGAAUGAGGAGUACCGCCAGAAACACAGCAAAGAGUACUGCACAAUCCGAAACGUCACGAAGAAUAGGGCUCCCCAUGUCACUAAGAAAGCAGCAUCGGACUGCAAAACAAUCAAAGUCGUCAGACCUCUGGUCCCCGUCCAGUACAGAAGGAAAUCCGGCGAGUGGCAGGUAGCCACCGAUGUUUCGUUCACUAUCCCGACGUUGGGAGACCAGCGGUCCCUGGCCAGAACGAUCAAAGAAGGGAUCUCAGAUGACUUCCCUGCGGACGUUUAUGAAGUCUCAGCGGCCCAUGCUGAUAAUGAAGACGAAACAGGCCAGGCCCCUGACACAACCAAGUCCUUCGAGCCAAUCAUAGUGAAAUUGGAUGAGAAAGCCAUAUUACACGAUGGACUCAUAUGGAGAGCGUGGGACACUGUGACAACGCUGUCGUACAACACUCUUGUAGGAAAGAUGUGCCCGACAGAGGUCAUGGCGGUCUCCUUGGCCUCCAUCAUCAGAUCCCACAUUCUCACCACAGAGCACUCCCUGCAAGAUGAAGCCAGGGCGCUCUACGUGGAGCCCGACGACGACGAGGGAAGUAUGGCCGACGAUGAAGACUACGGGGUGGCUGACGGGAUUUCCCCGGAAGGAGCAGGGACUGGAGCCAUGUUGCUGCCCGAAGGUAGCGUGGGGGCAUACAACCUGAGCUCCAUGUUGGGGAAAGAGAUCAGCGAGGGCAGCGAGAACAACGAGGACUCUGGACUGGAUAACCCCAAAACCUCUGCCGUUGUGGACUAAAUAGAUCGAACCUCCAACUAGCAACCUCGCCCAACGAACGCCCACCCCAACCGAGCAUAAAUAAAUAAAUAAAUAAACAAACAAAUA